AUGCCUUGGUGGGGCAAGGGAUCGUCCGACAAGGACAAGAAGGACGACAGCUCAAAGUCAAGCACGGCACCUGCGCCGCCCACCGCGCCUGUCAACCCCAAGAAUGACGCGACAGACUACGACCCGAAUGCCCUGCCGGCCAGGCGCAGACUGCCCAAGGGCAUGCAGAGCAUCGUCGACAAGGCCGAUCGCGAAGAGAGCUUCUACGACGAGCUUGUAGAGGGCUACGUCCCCGACAGUACCGAGUCCAACGUCCGCUAUGCUGCUUACACCAACCGCCUGCGCACGAUCAUGCUUUCGGCCCACCGAUAUGUCGCCUACACCAGUGAUAUCGGAGAGUCCUUCCGUCCUGUAGCGCACCCUUGGCUGGUCCGCAGUGCCUACGGUAUCUCAUGGGCCUACAUCCUGGGCGAUGUGAGCUACGAGGGAUACAAGGCUUACUGGCAGAAUCAGAGGGCCCGCAAUCCUCAGCUGGUGCUCUCCGAAAAGGCACAGAAGGCCACCGGUCUCUACGAGACCAGCAGUGCACUUGUUAAGCCUGCAGAGGUGCCCCCACUGGAGGACUGGAGGACUGUCAUGGUUCAGCGUGCUGUAUUCCAAAGCAUCGCCAGUAUGGGUCUCCCGGCUUUCACUAUCCACAGCGUUGUGAAAUACUCGGGUCGGGCGAUGAAGGAUGUCAAGAACAAGACACUGCGGACCUGGACACCAAUCGGUCUUGGCCUUGCGGUGGUGCCACUGCUUCCCAAAAUGUUCGACCAGCCCGUGGAGACUGCCGUUGAGUGGCUGUUCCACAAAGCUUUUGCCAUGUACGGUGGUCGCGAAUACGUCGGCGAUGCACCGACGACAGGCAGAGAAGCAGCGCUGCACCAGAGACCCUCCGGCAAGGAGAAGGAGCUCUGA